AUGCAGGCUGAGAACUUGAACAGCAUCUACCGACAUGUAUGUGAAGAGGUGUCUAUGCUUGUGACGAAGCAGCUACAAGCCACGGCACAACGUGGCCUGAUACCCAACCAUGUCGUCUUGAUGGGCGGCUUUGGGGAAUCAAAGCCCUUACGAGCUCAUCUCCGCAAGGCGCUGGCAGGCUUCAACAAGGCCCACGAUUCCAAUACUGCGUUAUAUGUCGCCGACGAGGAGGAGCGGCUCACAGCAAUCGAUGCUGUUUCCUCGGGGGGUGUUCUAAGAGCUUUGAACAAGCUCUACGGCCCUACCAGAGUCGCAGGUUGCAGCUGCGGUAUCCGUUGUGAUGAGCCUUUUGAGCUUCCCAAGCAUGCGGGACUGCCCAGAAUCGAGGGCUUUAAGAUGAAACAGGAGGUGCUCAGAAAAUUGGUGUUUGUUCUCAGGACAGAUAUCACGCACCUACUACACCGGCCGCUUCUGUUUGUGAAAGGGGGAGCGCAGGACCCUGGUAGCAAUGGCAGCAUGGAUUUAUACUGGAAGAUUCCUUAUGAGUUGGUAUUGACCAUUGACGGCCUAAACAUGAAAUGUGUUCAACUUUUCAACGGGCAGCAGAUUGGAGAAAUGAAGGUAGGCAUCGCGCCAGGAUUCACACCAGGAGCCAACUGA